GCACACUUGAAAUAAAAUAAGUAGGCCUAAAUUAAUGUCUGUAAGUACAGAUAAAUGCACAGAGACCGCUCCUGGCCAACACAAUUUUAUUUAAGUACUAAUGUGUUUAAACAAAGUGUGAAGAACAUUUUCCAUCAUAAUUUCAUUUUAUGCAACGUUAUCAUAUACAGGGCACUAUUUAAGAAAUAUUUGCCCAGUUCUCUUUUUGAUAUAAAAAAGCAGGGCUAUAAUGUUUCCUUAAUUAGUUGACUCGUACUCGUGUAAUGUAAUAGCAUGUAUAUUAAUGAGCCAAUAAUGGCAUAUGUCGUCCUGAAACACAAUAUUUAUCGUAUUGAUUCAACCGUUAUGUAAAAACAAUCAUUGAUUAUUUAAUAGCAUGUCAGAGAGGUUACUAAGCACAUUUAACUCAAAGUCAUCUGGCUGAUAUAGGCUACUAAAAUUAAUAGCGAUGCCGUGAAUAAUACGUUGAUAAAGCAAAAUGUUUUAUGCAAAUCUGCUUAAACAUAAACUGCAUAUACUCGAGAUUCAAUUCAACCAAAGUGUAUGGCCUACCCCAGUACCUGCUUGUGGGAGGAUCCAGUCUUCAAUGACAGUCUUGUAGGACAUGUGACCCCCUGUCUUCCCACUAUAAACGCUAACAAUGCAGCUUCGAGUCUGAUCUCUAAAUAAUUAACAAUAAAGGAAUAAUUACAGAAUAAAAUUGUAAUUAUUGCUGGGCCAGGACGAAGCUUCUUUGGUUGUGAAAGAAGACACGGCUAGGCAGAUCUGGUUAAAGUUUCCUUUCCAUUAAUAUUGAAUUAGAUUUAGCCAGUGGCCCCUCGGUCAUAGCAUAGGGCACAACAGAGCGUCGCUUGACAGAUUUUUCGCAUUUGUUUUAGACUUUAUAACACAUCAAAUAAGUAAAACAAGCUCAUUUAACUUCUGCUUUAAAAAAGCAUUCAGUUACUCAUAAUUAAAACAUCAAUGUCUUUAAACAGAACCGAUUUGUUUCCUUUUUAAAAACGCCUCAAUUUAGCCUAAAGAAUGUAAUACAAUCAAUCAGUAGUACAAUAUUCUUUAUGUUCAAUUAAUGUAAAAUGCGGAAUUUCUUCUGUAAUGGCCCUUGAAAGAAAAACGUUUUUACUUUUUUGAUACGGAUAAUUGAUUCUAUUUUCUAUAGGUAGCCUACUUACUCUUUUAUCAGAGGUUGGGCGGGGCAGGUAAUGCAUGGAUGAGGUAUGGAUAAGGUAUUAUUUUCCUAAAAAAAAAAACUGUCCAAAACCUUUCAAAAAAUAAACAUGUAUAAACUCCAGUCAAGAAUAUAACCGAUGCUUAACGCCGAACAGAGUGACAUUUUUGCCACUGCAGUUCUUUGAACAGUUUUAUAAGUAGCCAGUGGGACGCGCGUUUUCCACGAAAGCCUGCAUGUAACACAAUCAAUUAUGUCUGAUUUCGGUGAAAAGACAUUUUUUGUGGGCAGCACAUCUUUGUCCGGCCUCAUAUUGAUAUCUUUACGUCAAGACUUAGUGGGGUUAACUGAAGGGCAUUGAUCGGGUUUUAAAUAGUUAAUACGGCCAUAUAAGGUUGCACCACUUACCUCAGUUCAUUGCUCUGAUAUCACUGUUUGUACACACAACCCGCUCUCACUGGCUGGUGUGUUUAACAAAUGUGUAUCAUUCACCGUGAGGCAUGACAGAAAGGGCGAUGACCGCCAGUCUUUAAUAGCAGUUAUAGCAUAUUUAAAGUUGUUUAUCGUUAUCUAUCUAUCUAUCUAUCUAUCUAUCUAUCUAUCUAUCUAUCUAUCUAUCUAUCUAUCUAUCUAUCUAAUCUAUCUAUCUAUCUCGGUAGUGAUCUUUGUUUUGGAGUUGUGGAAGCAAACGGUUAAUACCAGAAUCGGAUCUGAUCUCAGUGGGUGUGCCUUCCUAUUCUUUUGGCAUUCCCUCUUUUGAAGUAGAUCGCGCACAACCUAUUAAGAAGAGGCACGAGCUUCGGGACUGCCAUGUGGUCCCUCAGUUUGCGCUCCCAUCACCACGCAAGAGAGCUGAAUGGGAUGGAAACCCUAAAGCUGUUUUAAGAGGGAGAAGAGUGGAAGACGCUAACCUCCAAGUUCUCCUCAAGCACUCCAGACGCUUGGUGGACUUUUUUAUCCUUCUGGUUAUAGGCCUAUUUAUUUAAAGCAAACACAUUCCUUCCUCCGAGCUGUUUUCCUGAUUUAAAGACUUCCAGGAAUGGAGUCGAUACCCGGUCAGCUGUCUGCAGGACGAGAUGCCUGUUCUUCCCCCAACUCAAAGCAAGAACUGCAGCCUUAUUCUGGCAGCAGUUCGCUGAAGCCAAAUCAAGUGAGUGAAACUGUGCUGUAUGGAGUCCCCAUCGUCUCUUUGGUCAUAGACGGUCAGGAAAGAUUGUGUCUGGCGCAGAUCUCCAACACUUUAUUGAAGAGCUAUAGCUACAAUGAAAUCCACAACAGACGUGUGGCUCUUGGAAUUACCUGUGUACAGUGCACACCUGUGCAGCUGGAGAUCCUGAGACGCGCGGGUGCCAUGCCCAUCUCCUCGCGCCGCUGUGGCAUGAUCACCAAACGCGAGGCCGAGCGUCUCUGCAAAUCUUUCCUCGGAGCUCACAAUCCUCCUAAAUUACCCGAGAAUUUUGCAUUUGAUGUUACGCACGAGUGCGCCUGGGGAUGCAGAGGAAGCUUCAUUCCAGCGAGGUACAACAGCUCCAGGGCGAAAUGCAUUAAGUGCACUUAUUGCAAUAUGUAUUUUUCGCCCAACAAAUUUAUAUUUCAUUCUCACCGCACACCCGAGUCUAAAUACACACAGCCGGAUGCAGCUAAUUUUAAUUCGUGGAGACGCCACCUAAAACUAACCGAAAAAUCCAUGUCUGAUGACAUUUGUCACGCGUGGGAGGAUGUAAAGGCCAUGUUCAACGGUGGGAGCCGAAAACGGGCAAUGCCAGGGAGUGGAUCGGAAAUGUCAUCCCAACUAAAACCACAGGCCUCCAGCAACAUCACGCAGACCAGUUCCCCUGAUAUACCUCAUAAAACUUUGCGCUGCGAUGAUGAUCGUGGUGGCCUCAGCUUAACCAACAGUGUACGUAACUACCCGGUCAUUCCCGUGCCCAGUAAAAGUUUUGGCAUGCUGCAGAAAAUCCCACCUCCCAUUUUUCCACAUCCGUAUAGUUUCCCAGCAUUCGGACUCUGCCAAAAGAAGGAUGACGGAGUUGGUGAGCAAAAUAAGACUAACGUACCUGGUGUGUUUUGGCCCGGGGCGAAGGACGGUCUCUAUCCACCGUUUCCCAUGUUUUGGCCCACUACAGCUGGCCUGCCGCUGUCAUCCUACCAACCAGCACAACCAAAACCACACACUGAGCUCAUAGUUGGGCGACAAACUGAAACGGAGAUUUCAGAGAGUGAGCGAGGUGGAAACACAUCUAGAGACAGUCUGUUUGACAGCGAGCGUUGCUCCAGUUCACAGUCACUCAGAAACGAUGAAGACAAAUCUGGGGACGAGGCCAGGUCAACUGAGGGUCAACCAACCACCCCCAGAAAGAUCAGCUAUAUUUCUGCUUUCAGGCCAGUGGUUAAAGAUGCGGAGAGUAUAGCCAAGCUCUACGGAAACAGGGACGCGUAUAGCGGAGCCCAUACGGGCCAUUUGUCACCAGACUUUAUAAGUGAGAGCUCCAGCUACAGAUCUGCCUCUCCGUGUGUGGACAGUGGGGAAGAUCCAGACAUCGACGUCGAGUCCAAUAGAUUGCCAGAAGACGAGGAGUCUAUUCAACUUUCCGUGGAUGAUCGUAGUCAAAGUCCUGUAGGGGAAAUAGCUUUGAGCAGUCACAACGCGCACAGAAACACACCACAGCCAGACGAUGAGCAAUCCAGUUUCAGUGAAACAGCCAUCUCUGAUCAGAAACAGAACAAGCUGGUGGCAAAGAAAAAUGAUGCCACUGUUUAUCAUGUGUACUCUCAUGAAAAGGAGGGCGCGUCCCUUCAGAGCACAUUGCCUUGUUCAGAUUCUAAACUUCCACGCAGCGCAGCUGAAUUAAACGAUUCACACACCUCACACAACAGUACAGAGGACGAAUGUGAACCGCAAAAAUCACUUCCAGGCGAAAUUAGCGUUGGCAAAGAUAACUCGAACGACGCUGCAUUGAGAAGUGCUGAAAACAGAUUUAAUUUCUUUGAGAAAGACAUCGAGAAUAUGGCGAAAGAGGAGCUCCAAAAGCAACUCUUGGAGCAAGUGGAGCUAAGAAAAAAACUGGAACGGGAAUUUCAAAGUUUAAAAGAUAAUUUUCAGGAUCAAAUGAAGAGGGAACUGUCAUAUCGAGAGGAGAUGGUCCAGCAGCUGCAGAUUGUAAGAGACACAUUGUGCAACGAGUUGGAUCAGGAGAGAAAAGCUCGUUAUGCAAUUCAACAGAAGCUUAAAGAAGCUCACGACGCUCUUCACCAUUUCUCCUGCAAAAUGCUCACUCCACGACACUGCACAGGGACCUGCACCUUCAAGCCACCCCUUUUACCACCUUAACUUACAACUGUAUCCCGGGAAGGCAUUGCAAUACAGUUGAAAACUUUACAAAUCGCAUAAAGGAAUAUCACAUUCGCACUAUGUUUGGGAGGUUCUUUCAAUUCAUGCACUCUGAAAACUGAGGACUGCUGAAUCGCAAUCCUUCUAGAGGAUUCACUGGCGUUGUGAUCUCUACCUUAAACGCUGUACAGAGAAUGGAAAUGGUCUAGGAUUACUUUAGGACAUCAAAACAUUGAGAUGACGAGAACAAAUGUUCAAAUAAUUACAUUGUUACUUAUGUAAAUAGGUUGAUUUUUUAAUCAGUACAAAUACAUGAUAUGUGGCAAUGUGCAAUGAAUUGUAAAAUUGUGCAAUUUCAUAAACUGAAAUUGUUGAUUAUUCUUAUAAUUUAUGUAUUUGUGUUUUUACAUUCAUUACUUCACUCUUUAAAUGAAUUCACGGAUGUGUUAUCCCAAAUUAACUGUGUAUCAUAAAUCUUAAGCACUUUAAAUAAGCAGCAUCUCAGACUAUAAAUUUAGUCACCCAAAAAUCUAUUUAAUAAUAGUUGUUUAACAAUAUCAAGUUUGAAUAAGCACUUAUUCCAUAUUCACCCCCCAAAACGAAUUCAGAAUAUCAAGAAUGUUGUUUUUUCACAAAAAAGUGCUUAAACUAAAUGUUACAAGACUUGAGUGUUUUUUCACAAUAAAGUUAUCUCUUGCUUCAUUCCUGAAUAAAAGUUU